GUGGUUAUAUUCUCCUUGAAUUUUGAUUGUCGGAAAAAUAAAAUUGGUGAUAGAUCGUGAUUAAAAUAAAACUAAAGAUAUUAUUUAUAUAAGCACUAAUAAUUUAGUAAUGAGUAAGAGUACAGGUUGGUUUUCAAGCCCAUGUCUAUUUGUAAUAGUUUUAAUUCAAUUCCCUAUCAUUGAUUCUGUAGCCAUGGACGAUUCCGUAGAUUCUAAGAAGAAAAGUUCCCAAGUCGAAGUUAGAGCCGUUUUCAUUGACUGUAUGGAAAGAAAAGAGGUACCGGACAGUGAUAUUACACGAUUUCAGCGUCAAGAACGAUUCAAACACAAUGCUUUACACGAUUGCAACAAGAAACUUGCUUUGACCGUGAAGAUAGCGAGCGAACCCAAUUUUAGUUUUCUUGAAGAUGAUUCUCCGCAAACUCCGGCUGAAGAAUAUAUUCCCAUUGACCACGUCCUCGAGGGCCCGGAAAGAAAGCGCGUCCGAUUGCUCAAUCCUUACAUAUUGCGCCUGCGCCGAGAGGCGCCGCUCCAGGCAUAUAAGUUGAAUAGGUUUGACACUGUCAACUGCAUAUUGACGAAAUCGGAAAGAGUUAAAUAUUCAGCUGAUAUAGAAAAUGGCAACAAUUUGAUUCGCGCACAGCGGGACACAGAAUAUGCCUUAAACGACUGGGGUCAACCAGCUGUAUUUACAUUAGAGCACGACGAGCCCGCACGACAUAGCUUCUCAAUUAAAAUAGCUGACCAUGAAAGACCCUAUGAUCAUGUCGCUGCCGCCCGUUAUGAAAAACAAAUGAUAUCAAAAGACUGUGGUUUAAGAUUAUUCAGUGUUAAACGUCCGCUGCAAAACACAAUAGCUUACUCUCUUGGCAAUUUAGUUGAGGACGAAUCUGCGCCUUCUUACGAAGUUUGUUUCAACGAUAAUGAUACAUUAACUAGAAAAAAACGUCACGAGCCAAAUAUUAUUAUUGAAGACCCACAACACAUUAAAAAACGCGUAAUAAAAGAUCAUCACCGGGAUGACAAUACUGAACUUAGUGACGAUGCUUCCUCUGAAAAAUCUCGGCCAAACGACAGGCUAUUAAGAAACAAAGAAAAAAAGACUGGUGUACGUCAUUAUAAAAAUAAAAACAGAACAUCUAAUUAUCGCCAAGGUAAUAAAGAAAAAAUUACUUUUACAAAAAUGCCAAAUGACAAACAAGAAAGUGAACACGAUCAACGAAGACGCCCUAAAAAUGCUUUCGAUGAAGAAUUAUAUUUCGACUACCCUGAACGAGUAUUCGCGCUAUAUGAAAUCGGUAAUCCUAAUGUUUGGUAUAAUGUGCAAGUGCAACUUUUUGAGAAACUUAGUACUCCCGAUGGUAAAACAGUUUGGAAUGAUUUAACUAACGGUCAACUUGCAAGUAUUAGCACCUCGAAUCCCGAAUGGAAAACAAAAGGCAUACAUUUGCAUUACCGGCCUGCCGAAUAUGUUGGAAGGGACGAAUUCACUUUGCCUAAAACUAGUUUAUGUCUCUUAGAACCAUUGUUCGGUUCAGAUUCAAAUUUUACUGCGGAUGCUGAUAGUACAAAAUAUGAUUAUAGCGACAAAUACAUAGUAGUGCCCAUAGAAGAUGUUAUUGGAGUGGAAGAUGCUGUAAAUAUAUUUAAACGAAACCCUAACGCCACUGACUCUACAUUGAAUUUUGAAGGGUAUAAAGACCGCUUUCGCAAAGUUCAAGUAAGAGUGUCAAGAGCUUUAAUUGGAAGCAAUAUAGACAAUUUCAACAUAGCUAACCAUGGAUCAGAGAGGUUCUUAACCUUGCCGCAUCAAAGGACUCAUCGCGCACAGAUCGAUGUGGAAAUUCGAGCUGAUGACAAUCAACUCAUUCGGGUCGGGUCCUCUGGGCGACUGUCAACAAUUGUAUCAGAUCACACACGAAAAACACGGGCCGUUCUAACUGUGCAAGCUACAAACACAGGACUAGCUUCCGCAGGUUUCAGAGCCAUGGUUCGUGACUGUGGUCCAGAAUUGACAGAAUUGAUCAAUGAGAAGAAUAACGAAGGCGCAACAUCUGGACCUAUCCUUUUACCUCCACAGCAUACGCAAAACCUUCGUCUCGAAUUAGCAGUAGAGUUUCCUGUGGAUAUCGCGCACUGUUCUGUGGCUCUAGUGAACGAUGAAGAUGAAACUGUAGCAGUACGAGACGUAGCCGUUAAAAAAGGCGACCGUUGUUUCUGUGUAUUUCAUUGUGACUGUGUUUGCUUGAGCGAGGAUCCAAAAUUACUAUGCCGUGAAAUGACAGAAACGCGCCAAGCGGCGGCUGGUCUUACUAAUCUAGAACACACACGUCGCUCUCGCUCCACUAUAUACCUGGACAGUGUUAUACUAGACGCUUGGUCUUCGGCCACUGGAGUUAUCCUCUUUUUGGUUGUUUUGGGGCUAUGUAAAGCUGUGUUGGGUCUGUACUUUGUCAGAAUUGGGAACUGGGGCCUGUCUGAAUUGGUGACUUCAACGAAAAUAGACAGUUACUUUGAGAAGGAACUGAAAGGAGAAAUAGUAAUCUAUGACGACUUCGGGAGACCUAUUCAUCCUCAAACUCAUAAGCCAGUAAGGAUGUUUAGUGGGUACGUACGCAAAUAUGAGAACACUGCCGAUCAUACACUCGCUGAGUGCCAAGCGUGGGUGCAACAACGCGCUUCGCUCCCUGCAGUGGUGGGACAUGACCUCUCGCUGCCGGCUGUGGUCAAGGCCACGGUAGCCAGAGUGGCGUCAUGGGAGGCGACGGCCUCAUUCUGCGAGGAAGUGAUGGCGCAGAAGGAGGCCGCGGAGCGUAAUCGAGAGGACGAUCCACUCUCAGCUCCGAUCCGCAGGAGGGGAACGAGGCGCAGAAGGGGUCCUCGGGAUCAGGAUUGGGAAAUCGUGCCACUCCGACAUAAAGGGACCCUGGCGACGGUAGCGAUCUGCCAAGUGUUCCAGGCAGUUCCAAGCAGUCCCCUGCGAUUAGGAGAACAGGGUGAACUAUUUUCACCCUGGACUCUGAAAGGGUCCGUGCAAACGGACGACACCGGUGGGUUCGCGGAAGAAUGCGGAAGCGCCCCCGGGUUCCCGCCACAAGAAACUUGCAAGUGCCGGUUGUCUCCAGUUGCCAGUUUUCGCAACCGGCAACCGCAACUCGUGAAGCAACUUCACUCCCUCCUCACCCGGUAA